AUUGCUCUCUUACACCUUUUUCCUGUUUAAAAGUGUAAGAGAGAAAGAGAGGGGUCAUCAGCAGCUCCGAGCUGGGCAGCCUUUCCUGGGAAGAUGCAGCCACUUCUGCUCCUGUUGGCCUUCUUCCUGCCCCCCUGGGCAGAGGCAGGGGAGAUCAUCGGGGGACAUGAGGCCAAACCGCACUCCCACCCCUACAUGGCCUAUCUUCAGUACUGGAAAGGUGGUAAGAAGAACAUAUGCGGAGGUUUCCUGGUACGAGAGGACUUUGUGCUGACAGCUGCUCACUGCCACGGAAGUUCAAUAAAUGUCACCCUGGGGGCCCACAACAUCAAGCAGAAGGAGAGGACACAGCAGGUCAUCCCCGUGAGAAGAGCCAUCCCCCACGAGGACUACAACCCCGAGGACUCCACCAACGACAUCAUGUUACUGCAGCUGGAGAGAAAGGCCAAGCAGAGUGCAGCUGUGCGGCCCAUCAGCCUGCCCAGGGGCAAAGCCCAGGUGAAGCCAGGGCAGGUGUGCCAAGUGGCCGGCUGGGGUCGGAUCAACCCAAAUGGCAGACCUUCACACACACUUCAGGAGGUGAAGCUGGCAGUGCAGGAGGACCAGCAAUGCAAGUCCCUCUUUUCCGUGUAUCAAAAAGACACUGAGUUGUGCGUGGGGGACCCGAAGACCAAAAAAUCUUCCCUUAGGGGGGACUCUGGAGGGCCCCUCGUGUGCAACAACGUGGCCCAAGGCAUUGUCUCCUAUGGACAAAAAAAUAGUAGUCUUCCUCCAGUAGUCUACACCAAAAUCUCAAGUUUCCUACCCUGGAUAAAGAAGAACAUGAAAACCCGCUAA